AUGGUCGUACACAGGGCAAUUCAGAUUGGUGACAAAUACCAGAACGCCUUCGCUCCGUCGAUGUUACCAGAUCUCACCCACGUGGUAAUUAUAGGAGUGAGUAGCGUACUAAGUAUGCUAAGCCAGGCAUUUGUGGUGCUAUGGGAUGGCAAAGACUGCCCCUGCCGUGAAUCAGACGUACCCUACUGGAUACUCGUGUCCGCUUACGUGGGAACCUUUGUCCGGUUUGGCCUAACCGUCAUCAUAAGCCCCGUUAUCAUGUGCAUUUCCUGCUUUAAGGUUGUCCAAUGGGUGCGUAGUACACCAGCAGAGAAGCUCUUGGACACCUGGAAUGCGUUGGCUUUUCCGGGCACCACGGACCGACAACUGGCGGAACUGCGUCAUCCGCAUGGCUGGAUGACAGCAUCAAUGUGCAUUGUGCCGCUGUCAAUCAAUUUCGUGGCAUGUAGUCUCUACAGUAGAAUCUACGAAUUUGUUUGUGCAUUGGGGUUGUGUAAAAUGGUGCUGGACAGUUUGACCUAUAGGAUGGGAAUGCUGUUUCUUCACGUACAGUUAGUGUUCUCGCCCAUUAUCAUCGCUGUGUACAUUCCGGCGCUGCGGGAUCCAUUUGCACGUGGCCUCAAACGACUGCUCUCCAGGUUCUAUGAGAAAGCACGAAAGUUGUUUCCAAAUGAUGCUGAAUAUUUGCAAGUUGCCUGA